AUGCGGAAGCAUAUAAAGGAGACCAAGUCAAUUGGAGCGAGAGUAACUUGUUUGGAGUGCAAAUUUUGUGGUGAAUCUCAUGAUAGUAAUCAGUGUACUGUCAAUGAUGAUGAUAGCAAGGUCAGAACAUUGACUCAAGGAGGAAAAACUCCAACCUCAGAACAAGACCCUCUUGACCAGCCGCAAAUUGUUGUAAAGACGGUUGGCAAGAAGAGUCUUGAGGAGCUGAUUGAGAGAUUCAUUGAUCAUACAUCGAGCAAUUACAAGAGCCAUGAUAUGGCUAUAAAGAGCCUGGAGAGUAAAUUGGGACAGCUAGCAAAGCAAAUGUCCGAUAAUCACCAAGCCACUGGUGAGGCUGAGAUUAAAGUAGCUAAGGGAACUCUAACUUUGAAAGUAGGUGAAGAUGAGGUCCUCUUCAAUAUUUUUGACUCUUUGAAACACCGAGCGGAUGAGGAAGUUUUCCGAUGUGAAGUAGUGGAUGAGCUCGUGUGUGAAGAGUUUGUUAGGAUAUCUAUUAAGGACCCCUUGGAAACAACAAUCAUGGAGGGGUUAGAGAUAGAGGACCAAAAUCUUGAGAGAGAACUUGAUUCUUUGUACCAUGAGGUGAAUGCUACUCUAUCUCAAUUAGAAUGUGUCUCAUCUCUUGCCACCAAAAGCAUUUGGAAAGAAGAAUUAACUAGGGAUGAGGAGAUUCCAAUUGAGGAGAAGAGUGAGCUCAAGCCGCUCCCUUCCUCUCUCAAGUAUGCUUAUCUUGAGGAAGGUGAGAAUAAACCUGUUAUUUUGAAUAGUGCUCUCACUCCCUUGGAAGAGGAGAAACUCCUCAGAGUUUUGAGGGAUCACAAGUCAGCUUUGGGUUGGACUAUUGAUGAUAUCAAAGGUAUUAGUCCUGCGAUAUGCAUGCAUAAAAUUUUGUUGGAAGAAAAUUACAAACCAAUAGUCCAACCUCAAAGAAGACUUAACCCUUCCAUGAAGGAUGUGGUGAGGAAAGAGAUAAUUAAAUUGCUUGAUGCAGGUGUGAUUUAUCCAAUUUCGGAUAGUGAAUGGGUGAGUCCCGUUCAAGUGGUUCCCAAGAAAGGAGGCAUCACUGUGGUUGCCAAUGAGAACAAUGAGUUGAUUCCCACUCGUCAAGUGACGAAGUGGAGGGUUUGUAUUGACUAUCGAAGGCUGAAUUCGGUAACUAGAAAGGAUCACUUUCCUUUGCCCUUCAUAGAUCAAAUGCUGGAUAAGUUGGCUGGGCAUCAAUACUACUGUUUUCUUGAUGGCUAUUCCGGGUACAACCAAAUUUGUGUUGCACCGGAAGACCAAGAGAAGACGGCAUUCACUUGCCCUUACGACGUGUUUGCUUAUAAGAGAAUGCCAUUUGGGCUUUGCAAUGCCCCAGCUACUUUCCAAAGGUGUAUGUUUGCUAUUUUCUCUGACUUGAUAGAGACUUGCAUCGAGAUUUUUAUGGACGACUUCUCUGUUUUUGGUCCAAAUUUUGAUGCUUGUCUAGGGAAUUUAGCCUUGGUGUCCGAAAGGGGGAUUGAGGUUGAUAGAGCUAAGAUUGAAGUCAUUGAAAAGCUCCCUCCCCCGACUAACAUCAAGGGUAUUAGGAGUUUCCUCGGGCAUGCUGGGUUUUAUAGGCGGUUUAUUAAAGAUUUUUCCAAAUUAGCUAAGCCUAUGACCAACUUGCUUGAGAAGGAGGCACCUUUUACUUUUGAUGAGAAUUGUUUGAAAGCGUUUGAGUCUAUUAAAAAGAGUUUGGUGACAGCCCCGGUAAUUGUUGCUCCGGAUUGGUCUCUACCAUUUGAAAUCAUGUGUGAUGCUAGUGAUCUAGCUUUAGGGGCUGUCUUGUGUCAAAAGAAAGAAAGAGUGUUGUAUGUGAUAUACUAUGCAAGUACAGUGUUGAAUGAGGCCCAAAGGAACUACACUACAACUGAAAAAGAGUUGUUGGGUGUAGUCUUUGCUUGUGAAAAGUUUAGGCCUUACAUCUUGGGUUUUAAAGUAGUUGUUCAUACUGACCAUGCUGCUUUGAGGCAUUUGUUUGCUAAACAGGACUCUAAGCCAAGGUUGAUUCGAUGGGUCUUACUCCUUCAAGAGUUUGACCUUGAGAUCAUUGACCGGAGAGGCAAGGACAAUGGCGUGGCAGACCAUUUGUCGAGAUUGGAAGGUGGGGCGUGCAGCCCAAUACCUAUUCAAGAGGAGUUCCCGGAUGAGAAACUCCUAGCUGUUUCCACCGAGGAACCCCUACCCUGGUAUGUACAUUUUGCUAAUUUCCGUGUUGCUGGACUUAUUCCCCAUGACUUGACAUGGCAGCAAAAGAAAAAAUUUCUGCAUGAUGCAAAAUCUUACCUCUGGGAUGACCCUUUCCUUUUCAAAAUUUGUUCUGAUGGAGUCAUUAGAAGGUGUAUCCCAGAAAGUUGUGAUAGAUGUCAACGAACUGGUAACAUUUCAAGGAGAAAUGAGAUGCCCCUAAAAAAUAUUUUGGAAAUUGAGUUGUUUGAUGUUUGGGGCAUCGAUUUCAUGGGACCUUUCCCACCUUCUUUUGGUUGCCAGUAUAUUUUAGUGGCUGUUGAUUAUGUUUCCAAGUGGGUUGAAGCCGCUGCACUCUCAACAAAUGACUCUAAGGUGGUGGUUGCUUUUCUAAAAAAGAACAUUUUUACUAGGUUUGGUGUUCCUAGGGCGAUUAUAAGUGAUGGGGGUACCCACUUUUGCAACAGAGCUUUCGAGUCUCUCUUGGAAAAAUAUGGUGUAAAGCACAAAGUGUCUACCCCCUAUCACCCCCAAACUAGUGGGCAAGUUGAGAUUUCUAAUCGGGAGUUAAAACGUAUUCUUGAAAAGGUGGUGGAUUCUUCCAGAAAGGAUUGGUCAAGGAAACUUGACGAUGCUUUAUGGGCCUACCGAACCGCUUUUAAAACUCCGAUUGGUACUUCUCCUUUCCACUUAGUUUUUGGGAAAGCGUGUCACUUACCCGUGGAAUUAGAACACAAAGCCUAUUGGGCCAUAAGGAAAUUGAAUUUUGAUUGGAAAGUUGCUAGCGAGAAGAGACUCUUGCAAUUGAAUGAGCUUGACGAGUUUCGACUCCGAGCUUAUGAGAGUGCUAGCAUCUACAAGGAAAAAACAAAGAAGUGGCAUGAUAGAAAAAUUUUGAAUAGGGAAUUUGUCUCAGGGCAAUUGGUGCUGCUCUUCAAUUCUAGAUUGAGACUCUUCCCUGGGAAACUCAAGUCUAGAUGGUCUGGACCCUUUGUGGUCAAGAGGGUGUUUCCUCAUGGUGCUGUUGAGGUCGAAAACCCAGAGACCAAGAACACUUUCACCGUGAAUGGACAGAGGUUGAAAGUGUACCAUGGUGGGAUUGAGAGCCUAAAUUCUAGAGUAGGAGGUGACUCUAAUGCCUCCAUGGUAAUUGGUAAAGAAGCUACUACUGUACGCCUCAUUCUAUCUCUUGCUGUGCUCAAUGAUUGGCAGCUUCAUCAGUUGGAUGUCAAAAAUGCUUUCCUUCAUGGUCAUCUCACUGAAACUGUUUAUAUGGAGCAACCUCCUGGGUUUGUUGAUCCUCGCUUCCCAACUCAUGUGUGUCGAUUGAACAAGGCCCUCUACGGCCUCAAACAGGCCCCUCGUGCUUGGUUUCAGCGCUUAAGCUCUUUUCUUCUGCGCUACGGUUUUUCGUGUAGUCGGGCUGAUCCUUCCUUGUUCUUCUUCUACAAAGGACGCAUUACCCUGUAUCUUCUGGUGUAUGUAGAUGACAUAAUUCUUACUGGCAGUGACCCUUCUCUUCUGACUGAGUUUAUUGCUCGCCUUAAUGCUGAGUUCGCCAUUAAAUAUCUGGGUAAGCUUGGCUACUUCCUUGGCCUUGAGAUCACUUAUACUGCUGAUGGCUUGUUCUUGGGACAAGCCAAAUAUGCUCAUGAUUUGCUUUCUCGUGCUCUGAUGCUUGAGGUCAGUCAUGUUUCGACGCCCUUGGCUGCCGGUUCUCAUUUUGUUAGUUCCGGUGCGACUUACUCAGAUCCUACGCAUUAUCGCUCUUUGGUUGGGGCCUUGCAGUACUUGACUAUUACCCGUCCUGACUUGUCAUAUGCUGUUAACACGCACUUUGGUCUUACGUUUCGUCGUACCUCCUCUCCUGCUGUGCUUGGUUAUAGUGAUGCUGAUUGGGCUCGCUGCACUGACACUCGCCGCUCCACUUAUGGCUACACCAUCUUUCUUGGUGAUAAUCUCUUGUCUUGGAGUGUCAAGAAACAACCUACUGUUGCUCGCUCUAGUUGUGAAUCUGAGUACCGAGCUAUGGCAAAUACUGCUUCUGAGCUCGUUUGGUUGCUUAAUCUUUUUCAUGAGCUUCGUGUUCGCUUAUCAGCGACUCCUCUUCUUCUUAGUGACAACCAGAGUGCUUUGUUUAUGGCUCAAAAUCCGGUUGCUCAUAAACAUGCCAAACACAUUGACUUGGAUUGUCACUUCGUCCGUGAGCUGGUUUCCUCUGGUCGAUUAGAUGUUCGCCAUGUACCCACUUCUCUCCAGCUUGCUGAUUUUUUCACUAAGGCGUUACCUCGUCCGUUGUUUGAACUCUUUAGAUCCAAGCUUCGCGUUGUUGUUAAUCCAAAGCUAAGCUUGACGGGGGAUGUUAGAGAUAAAUAUGUGUAA